AUGAUGCAGUGUAGCAUUUUUGAGCAGCAGAGGAGGGCUCUUGAGACGAUAGAUCUUACUGAAUAUCUGAUUUCGGAGCUGCUGAUGAGAAAGCAGAAAAAGCGUCAGAUCCAUGAACAACUGGCACAGGAGCACAGCAUCAGGCGGCUUUUGGACAAUUCCUUAAUUUCGGCCGAUUUUCUUAUAAAGUCCUUUGGGCUGCAAGAUUCCUCCGAUUCUAACCCCUACAUUAUGGAAAGGGGUAAAGAGCUGUCUUUAUUGGAAACCAAUGUCGAAAUGUCGGAGUUCUAUUCUCGUCUGCGGACAAUUAAGGAGGACCUUCGUUCGCAUGCAGACGAGCCCGCAAUGCCUCUUAUGGAUGAGUUGCUUGCCAUUAAAGACAUCGAGAUUGGAAUCGAGGCAAUGUUUUCUGGCGAUGAGGGCUUUGGUCGAUUUUUGGAUCUAAAUGCAUCCCACUUGGAAUUUGUUAAUCUGAAAGAUAUCGGCAAUGUCGAUUAUCUGACCUAUUUGGAUCGCAUUUCUUCCUUUGAAAAUAUCCCAAAGGAGACAAAAAAAUCCUCUGCCUAUCUAAAUUAUUUGGAGGAUUUGUCAACCUAUUUACGAAGCUUUAUUUUGAGGGCCAAGCCUCUGAUGGAUGUCGAAUUUUUGCAUUCAAAAAUAAAUGCCGAGUUUGUGAAGCUGGUCCAAAGUGGGGCUCUUCAAUUUACAUCGGCAUAUUCAUGCUCCGUAUGUUCAAGAUCUUUUGAGAAGGAAACCGUUUACAUGGCCCAUCUAAACUCACCAAAGCACAUGAAAAAGGCUGCACAUGCCUUAUCUGCACAUAAAACAGAAAAGCUUCCAAACCGCGAUGAGAUCACUUCAAAAUUGGAAUUUCAUAUCCAUUAUUACUUUGAUAAUGUGUUGGCAUUAGAGCUGUCAUCUACAAAAGGAAAUAUUGAACGGAAGCAGUCCAGCACGAUUUCGGAGCUGGACUCGCGCCAUCGCCAUGGCAUGACCAAUGGCGAUGACGACAAUGUCGAGGAGCUAGAUACAAAUGCUCUUAAACACGACCUUGAAAAGUUUGAGGCACAACUAACCAAAGCCCAGGAAGAAAAACUAUACAAUCCACUUAAAUUGCCGCUUGGUUGGGAUGGAAAGCCAAUUCCAUACUGGCUGUACAAGCUACAUGGAUUGGGCGUGUCCUAUUCUUGUGAAAUAUGUGGCAACUACAUCUAUAUGGGCAGGCGCGUUUUUGACAAACAUUUUCAAGAAUGGCGCCAUUCUUACGGAAUGAAGUGUCUCGGAAUUCCAAACACCAGGCAUUUCCAGGACAUCACUGCCAUUGCAGAUGCAUAUGCACUAUGGGAGAAAAUUAAAAAAUCCUCAAAGGUAGAAACUUUCAAGUCCGAUACGAUGGAGGAGUUUGAGGACUUUGAAGGAAAUGUCUAUAACAGAAAAACCUUUGAAGAUUUGCACCGGCAGGGCUUGUUAUAA